AUGACCAUAGACCGGACUUCGCACAGACUGGACCUCGCACAAAUUGGACCUCGCACAGACCGGACCUCGUACAGACUGGGCAUCGCACAAACUGAACCUCGCAUAGACUGGACCUCACACAGACUGGAUCUCACACAGACCGGACUUCGCACAGACUGGACCUCACACAGACUGGACCUCACACAGACUGGACCUCACACAGACCGGACCUCACACAGACCGGACUUUGCACAGACUGGACCUCGCACAGACUGGACCUCGCACAGACUAGACCUCGCACAGACUGGACCUCACAUAGACUGGUUGGUCCUCGCAUAG